AUGGAUACAAGCGCGCCGUUGAAGGACAUUUUAGAGGAAUAUAAGGAUAAACCGGUGGACCAUGUGUUGAAGGAGUUGAAUAAGGUCCCGUUCUUUAUGACGGAGAUGCCAGAUGAAGAGAACCCUGCUGUCGAGGCUCUCAAAGCUAUGGCAUACGAGGGAGAGCCCCAUGAGAUCGCCCAAAACUUUAGAAACCAGGGCAAUGAUUGUUUCAAACUCAAGCAAUACAAAGAUGCUAUUGCGUUUUAUACCAAAGCUCUGGAUCAGAGCUGUAGAGUUGAUGAAAUUGAGCUGGCAUGUUUGGGAAACCGGGCUCAGGCUAAUUUGGAGCUGAAAAAUUUCCGUCGGGCCAUCAAUGACUGCACCAAAGUUCUUGAUCGGGACCCCAAGAAUGUCAAGGCGUGGUACCGUAGCUCCAAAGCGUUUUUGCUGUUGGAUCGGAGUGAUGAAGCGAUAGUUUGUGCUGAUUACGGCCUGCAAUGCGAUCCUGGAAGCGCUGAUCUACAGACAAUCAAAAACUCGGCUGCUACCCGCAGACAAAAGCUUAGAGACAUGGAAGAAGCUCGUCGUCUUCGCCAAGAGCAAGCCGAACUACAACAGAAAACGUUGAACUUAGCCCUUGCCUCUCGUGGAUUCACCAGGGCUUUUGCAGAGGCAGAUGCUGAUCACCGCAGAGCCGCUGGCGAGCUCAAAUGUCAGCUAGAGAACCCUAAUGAUGCUACAUCACACCUGUCAGUUCCAGCUCUGCUCUUAUAUCCUCUUUCGCUGGAGUCGGAUAUUGUGGAGCAAGCCAGUGAGACCGACACAGUCGGAGGUCUUUUGGAGAUGGUAUUCACUCAACCGCCUCCUUGGGCUACCGCAGACUACCGACUGGGAAACCUCGAAGUGUACGCACAAACCAGAACUGGCGGCUUGGCGAAAGCUCCGCUGAAAGCGUCGUUGGCGAAGCUUUUUGGAACGCAAAAACCAGAUAUUAUUAUGAUUGACGAUCUUGCUCGGCUAUACGUUGUGCCUAAGAAUCAAGCAAGUCAGUGGUUAUCUACGUGGGACAAGCAACAGGCGCAGUCUCAAUUAAGUUAUUCAAAUUAG